AUGAGUGGUGCACUAGAGUACCACAAGAGGUCGCUAGAAAUAAGGAAAAGUGUGCUGGGAGAUAAGCAUGAAGAUACAGCGCCAUCUUUUCACUUUUUUGUUAGAGUAUGGCAAAACGUGAGAUUAUAUAGGCAAAAUCUACAGAUACAGCAGAAGGAACUAGGAGACAACGUUGACACGGCCUCUACUCUUCAAAGGAUAGCAUACUUACUGGACCACAUGGGUGACUUGGACGGUGCACUGAAUAUGUACAGACAAGCACUGGCUAUGUAUGACAUUGUUCUCAAAGACAAGUCUGAUGCUUACAUGGCUACUUCUAUCGACAACAUUGGUUUGAUCCUGGAGGAAAAGGGCGACAUGAGGGGUGCACUAGAGUACCACAAGAGGGUGCUAAAAAUUAGGAAAAGUGUGCUGGGAGAUGAACAUGAAGAUACAGCAGCAUCAUUCAACAACUUAGCAAAUGCACAGCUACACUUAGGAGACAAUGACAGUGCACUGGCAUCAUACAGACAAGCUCUACACAUACAACAGAAGGUACAUGUACUAGGAGAUCACGUUGACACAGCUAUUACUCUUCAUCAGAUAGCAUACACACUGGACCAGAUGGGUGACUUGGACGGUGCACUGAAUAUGUACAGACAAGCACUGGCCAUGAAAGAGAAAGUUCUCAAAGACAAGUCUGUUGCUAACAUGGCCAGCACCAUAAACAACAUUGGCUUGAUCCUGGAGAAAAAGGGCGACAAUAGGGGUGCACUAGAGCACUACAAGAGGGCGCUAGAAAUAAGGAAAAGUGUGCUGGGAGAUGAACAUAAAGAUACAGCAGCAUCAUUCAACAACUUAGCAAAUGCACAGCUACACUUAGGAGACAAUGACAGUGCACUGGCAUCAUACAGACAAGCUCUACACAUACAUCAGAAGGUACUUGGAGAUCACGUUGACACAGCUAUUACUCUUCAUCAGAUAGCAUACACACUGGACCAGAUGGGUGACUUGGACGGUGCACUGGAUAUGUACAGACAAGCACUGGCUAUGAAAGAGAGAGUUCUCAAAGACAAGUCUGUUGCUAACAUGGCCAGCACCAUAAACAACAUUGGCUUGAUCCUGGAGAAAAAGGGUGACAAUAGGGGUGCACUAGAGUACCACAAGAGGGCGCUACAAAUAAGGAAAAGUGUGCUGGGAGAUGAACAUAAAGAUACAGCAGCAUCAUUCCAAAAGUUAGCAAGGGCACAGCAAAAACUAGGAGACAAUAAGAAUGCACUGACAUCAUAUAGGCAAGCUUUACAGAUACGACAGAAGGUGCUAGGAGACCACGUUGACACUGCCUCUAGUCUUCAUCAGCUAGCAUACACACUGGAUCAGAUGGGUGACUUAGACGGUGCACUGGAUAUGUACAGACAAGCACUGGCUAUGAAAGAGAAAGUUCUCAAAGACAAGGCUGAUGCUUACAUGGCUGGUACUAUCAACAACAUUGGUUUGAUCCUGGAGGAAAAGGGUGACAUGAGUGGUGCACUAGCGUUCCACAAGAGGGCGCUAGAAAUUAGGAAAAGUGUGCUGGAAGAUGAACAUGAAGAUACAGCAGCAACAUUAAUCAGGUUAGCUAGAGCACAGCUAAAGUUAGGAGACAAUGAAAGUGCUCUGACAUCAUAUAGACAAGCUUUACAGAUACAACAGAAGGUACUAGGAGACCACGUUGACACUGCUAUCACUAUUCAUGAGAUAGCAUGCACAAUGGAUGAGAUGGGUGACUUGGACGGUGCACUGGAUAUGUACAGACAAGCACUGGCUAUGUAUGACAUUGUGCUCAAAGACAAGCCUGAUGCUAACAUGGCCUGGACCAUCCACAAUAUAGGCUUGAUCCUGGAGAGAAAGGGUGACUAUAGGGGUGCAUUAGAGUACCACAAGAGGGCGCUAAAAUUAAGAAAAAGUGUACUGGGAGAUGAACAUGAAGAUACAGCAGCAUCAGUCCACCACGUACAGCUAAACCAGAGAGACCCUUGA